AAGGAAAAGGUAUAAAGCAGUCGGCCGUUCGUCGCUCUCCGCCACGACAAGGCUGUUUGCGUUCCUUUUCAUAGUGGAUAUUUCGUUAUAAUACAGGACAUGAGUGACAGCGAGGAGAGCCUGAAGGGGGAGGCGGUCCCGGAGGAGCAGGUGGAGACGCUGGAGGUGCCACGGGAGGACGUGAAGGAGGCCAAGGCAGUGCCAGUGUCCAGCCGCGUCCUCAGGAGGAUGGACGAAUUCAGAGCCGGAGGAAGCUACCGAAUGUGGUGGACUGUGUUCUGGGUGUUCGUGGCGGCCGCCGUGGGGUCGAGGCUGCACUUCAUCACAGUGCCUUACAAAGUCGUGUGGGACGAGGCGCACUUCGGCAAGAUGGUCAGCUGGUAUAUCAACAGAACCUUCUUCUUCGAUGUCCAUCCCGUGGGAGGCAAGCUGCUCCUGACGCUGUUCGGCUACCUGGGGGGCUACAACGGCACGCACUCCUUCGAGUCGCCUGACAAGCCCUAUGACGGCUACGAUGGAAUCAUGGCCAUGCGGGUGGGAUGUGCUUUGAUGGGCGCUGCGUUGGUGCCCCUGGGAUUCCACAUCGUUUGGACGCUCACCAAGUCCCUCCCGGCGUCGACCUUCGCUGCCGGCCUCAUCACCUUCGAGGUUGGCACGAUUACGCUCAGUAAGUUCAUUCUGCUGGACCCGCUGCUGCUGUUCUUCAUCAUGGCUUCUUUUCAUGGCCUCACCUUCAUGCACGAAGCAGCUGAUAGGUCCUUUUCGAAGCAGUGGUGGUUCGCCUACCUUUACACAGGCGCAAUGCUGGGUUGCGUAAUGAGUGUCAAGUUUGUAGGCCUCUUUAUCGUUCUAGUUGUAGGCCUAUAUGCGGCCCUCGACCUCUGGCAGAAACUGGGAGAGCUGGAUAGGCCUUUGCUAAGCGUAGCAGCACAUUUUAUGGCUCGGGUUUUGACGUUGAUAUUGUUACCUGCCGCAAUCUACAUCAGCGUUUUCUUCAUCCAUGAUCAGCUGCUCUUUAAAGCAAAAACUCUUCACGCGGCGGACGAGGGAACUUUCAGUCCAGGUUUCCAGAUGAGGCUGAAGACGAACUUUCUGAACAACAUAACGCAGCCCAAACAGUUGGCUUUCGGCAACGUUAUCACCCUCCGGAACGCCAAUUUGGCCGGCAUCUACUUACACAGCCACAAUGCUACUUACCCACAAGAGAAAGUGGGGAAGAAUAAGCAGCAACUUACGGGCUUCGGUGCCAAAGAUGUCAAUAAUUACUUCAAGGUUCUGUUCCCCGAAGAGGACCCCGAUCUGGAGAAUAGUUUCUAUGAUGGUUUACCCGAGUAUGUGAUGAACGGCGACUGGGUGCGGCUCUACCACUUGACCACGGGCUCCUUGGUCUCCUGCGAUAGGAACAUGUCUCUCGUGACCAGGAAGCACCAUCUUGCUUAUGCUAAAGCUUACAAUCUAACUGAUCCUGUCGUAGCUGCUAAGAUUAACAAAGCUUUUGACGAAGAUCCAGAAGCAUCCGUUUCCAAUCCUAAUGUGACCAUGUGGCAGCUCUGGUCAGUGCACAUCGUCGGGGGGAAGCCAGGGGAGGCCGUGAAGGUGCUCGAUUCACGCGUCAAGUUCAUCUGCCUCCCACUGACCUGUGCUCUCACCUGGAGUCGCGAGAAGCUCCCUUUAAAGUGGGGCUUCAACCAACAGGAGAUAACGUGUUCCAAAAACGUUAUGGACGAACAUACCAAUUGGAUGGUAGAACAUAAUAUGAACCCGUACCUAAAAAACGAAAGCUUUUCCCACCUUGAGAGCGGCUUCUUUUCGAGAAUGAUCGAGACCCACAGAGUCAUGACCUUCAUCAACGCUCGCCUGAAACCAGAAGGCGAAGACCGUUACAAUUCUCACCGGCCGUGGAUGUGGCCCUUCUGCCUCAAGUCUCAAGUAUGGUUUGAUGUUUACUUCCGCAUCGUGCUGCUGGGAAAUCCUAUAAUUUUCUGGAUUAAUUUGGUGUUCCUGGUGAUUGUCCCCGGGCUCAUUAUUGCUCACUACUACCGGCUGAAGCGAGGUCACACUGACAGGCCGCAGGUCAGAGAACAAAAAGAGAGGAUGAUCUUUGCCUGCAAGUGGCUCUUCCUGGCCUACCUGUUCCACUACAUCCCCUUCUACACCAUGGAUCGCAUUCUUUACUACCAUCACUACUUCCCUGCCCUCCAGUUCUCCUCCAUGCUAACAGCUGUAGUAUUUGGUUACCUCCUUGAAUCACUGGACACUUGGCUGCCUGUAAGGAAAGUACGCCUGGCUUUCCACUGGGCCACUGGAGUCUUCUUUGCCAUCGUGCUCUACAGCUUCCACUUGUACUGUUACGUCGGAUAUGGACACCCAACUGUCAGUGGCUUCAACCCAGACAAUUCCACUUUCAAAAAUAUUAGAUUCUUUGAUUCUUGGGAAAUUUAGGAAAGAAGAUACCAUCCUGUAUCUAAGAGUUGUUGAAUAUUUAGGUCCUGUUGUUAUUGUAUGCUUUCUUUAAAUAUUCAAUAUAAUUUAUAUUUAGUUAAAAGUAUAAGCCUUGUUACAUAGUGAUAAAAGGGCAUUUAAUAAUUAUAUGUACAUGUGGGAUUUUUAUUUUACUUAUGUUGCCAUAUAAUUGCCAAGACUAACUUUGACUAUAUGAAAUAAAUGUGAUAUUUU